CCAGCGAGGAGCUUCCGGUUACGCUGCGUCACUUCCGGCGGCGGCGGACGCGAUGGAUCCCGAGUUUGACGAUGUCGUCUCGGUGGAAGACUUGAUGGCCCUGGAGCGGCGUUACGCAGAGGAGCGCCGGGGGGGGGAGGUGUCGCGGCGCUGCCAGUUCGAGUACGCGUGGGGGCUGGUCAGGAGCCCCUACGGGCAGGACGUGGCCCGCGGGGUGGCCCUGCUGCAAGAGCUGAUGCCGAAGGGGACGAGGGAGGAGCAGCGCGACUACGUGUUCUACCUGGCGCUGGGGAACUAUCGCCUCAAGGAGUACGAGCGGGCUCUGGGCCACGUGGAGCGGCUGCUGGGGGCCGAACCCCAAAACCCCCAGGGGCUGCGGCUGCGGCGCCUCAUCCGCGACCGUAUGCGCCGAGACGGGCUGCUGGGCGCGGCCAUCGUGGGGGGCGUGGCGCUGGGCGUGGCCGGGCUGCUGGGCCUCGCCAUCUCCCGCGCCCGCCACUGACGUCAUCGCGUCCCGGACCGCGUCCCCGGCUUCCCCCUGCCCCUCCCCCCCCGUCCCCCUCCCCCCCUUUGCCUCGGCCACACGGUGACGUCGAGGCGACGACGCGGUGACCGCGCGAUGACGACGCGGUGACGUCGAGGUGACGAGGCGGCGACGGCCGGGACGACGCGGGGACGACGGGGGAGGGGACGGCGCAGGGACACGACGGUGAGGGUGUGGGGACAGUACGGUGACAUCACAGUGACACAUGGUGACAUCACGGUGACGCACGGUGGCACCACGGUGACAACACGGCGACAUCACGGUGACAUCACGGCGGCAACACGAUGACCCCCCCCAGUGGUGCAAAGCGACAGUGCGGUGACAUCAUGGUGACGCGCGGUGACAUCACCACGACAUCACAGCGGCAGCGCGAUGGCCCCCCCGGUGAUGCAAAGCGACAGCGACGGUGACAUCAGGGCAACGACACAGUGACACAGAUUGACGGCACGGUGACGUCAGGUGACGCACAGCGACAUCACUGCGACAUCAGGGUGACGUCACGGCAGCAGUGCAGUGACCCCCCACCAGUGACACAAGGGGACAGCACGGCGACAUCACAGUGACGCGCAGCGACAUCACGGUGACAUCACGGCAGCAGUGCAAUGACCCCCCCCCAGCGACGCAAAACAACAGCGACGGUGACGUCACAGCGAUGGCGCGGUGACGCCAAUUGGCAGCGCAGCGACGUCACGAAACGCGCGGCGACACCACUGCGACAUCACGGUGACAUCGCGGCAGCAGCGCAACGACCCCUCAGCGACGCAAAGUGGCGGCGCGGUGACAUCACGGCGGCAGCCGCCUCCGGGCGUGUCCCCGUGUCGCCGCCCCUCCCCCAGUGCCUUGGGGACCCCCCGUGUCCCCCCCCCUCCCCCCGUGCCCCCUCCCCCACUGUAAAUAAACCUUCCGGGUUCCUCUGA